AAGUCCAAGUCCUCUCAGCAGCUUCCCUCUCAGCCAAACUUCUUUCAACUCAGCUCAGAUAUUGAACAUUUGAUCCUUCUGCUUUUACACUUUUCAAUUCUCAAUUCUCUUGAAGCUACAAAAAAUAAAUCUCCUACAACCGAAAAAUGCUGCCUGCAACCUUCAAACUGUGCGCCGCUAUCUCCUAUCGUCACAUGAGGAGCAUGACAGGUUUGAAGAAGAACGCCCUGGUGGCCAUUCACCACGAGCUGAACCGACUGGCCGGUCCGGGACCCAGUAACUGGAUCAGCCAGGUCCGCAGACGCAGCUCCCUCCUCAGUUCUCGGGUAGAGGAGGAGGAGGAGGGCGGGUACAGCGAGGAGGAGCUGUCCUAUCUGAAGCAAGGCGAGGACGCCCUGCAGAAGGCCAUCAGCAUCCUGAGCCUGCAGGACGGCUGGAACCUGGAGACUGUAGCCGCUAACGGAGACCGAGUCCUGAGCAAGGUGCUGCCGGACAUCGGGAAGGUGUUCAAGCUGGAGGUGAUGAUGGAGCAACACCAUGACGACCUGUACAGAGAGCUGGUCGGGAACAUGGAGAGGAUGGGGGAGUGGAACCCUAACGUCAAACACAUCAAGAUCCUCCAGAAGAUCGGCCAGGACACGAUGGUGACCCACGAGGUGGCGGCAGAGACGCCGGGCAACGUGGUCGGACCGCGGGACUUCGUCAGCGUCCGCUGUGCCAAGCGCCGCGGCUCCACCUGCUUCCUGGCAGGAAUGUCCACUCAGCACGCCCAAAUGCCCGAGCAGAGGGGCGUGGUCAGGGCGGAGAAUGGACCGACCUGCAUCGUCAUGAAGCCGUGUGCUGAAGACCCGAAUAAGACCCAGUUCACCUGGCUCCUGAGUCUGGAUCUGAAGGGCUGGAUCCCGAAGACGAUCAUAAACAAAGUGCUCUCUCAGACGCAGGUGGACUUCGCCAGCCACCUCAGGCGACGCAUGGCUGCUAACGUUUCCACGGAGACGGCUGCUAACGUUUCCACGGAGACGGCUUACGCCUGCUGACACCAGACGCCUCCUGAGCUUUGGCACAGCCUCUCCGCUCAUUAACACAUCAUACGAAUCUGCUCAUACCUGCGGGAAAUACACGAAAUCCCGAGUGUAUUACCGGAGAGGAGACGGAGGUGAUGCUCUGACAACAGAUGUGUCUUCUCGUUCCUCGUAGUCGAAAUUAUAUUUCCCGUCUUACUCUCACGGAGGAAUAGUCCUCCCUCUCUUCAGGGGACCACGAUGGGACCUUAUUUCAGUUAAACAUACGUACGGUGGAGAGGCUGAUCCUGUUUGAAUUGAGCCUAAAUUACACAUGAUGUUUGACACACA